AUGGAUAUAGCAACAGGUCCCGAGUCGCUGGAGAGGUGUUUCCCCCGCGGGCAGACGGACUGCGCCAAGAUGUUGGACGGCAUCAAGAUGGAGGAGCACGCCCUGCGCCCCGGGCCCGCCACUCUGGGGGUGCUGCUAGGCUCCGACUGCCCGCAUCCCGCCGUCUGCGAGGGCUGCCAGCGGCCCAUCUCCGACCGCUUCCUGAUGCGAGUCAACGAGUCGUCCUGGCACGAGGAGUGUUUGCAGUGCGCGGCGUGUCAGCAAGCCCUCACCACCAGCUGCUACUUCCGGGAUCGGAAACUGUACUGCAAACAAGACUACCAACAGCUCUUCGCGGCCAAGUGCAGCGGCUGCAUGGAGAAGAUCGCGCCCACCGAGUUCGUGAUGCGGGCGCUGGAGUGCGUGUACCACCUGGGCUGCUUCUGCUGCUGCGUGUGCGAGCGGCAGCUCCGCAAGGGCGACGAGUUUGUGCUCAAGGAGGGCCAGCUGCUGUGCAAGGGCGACUACGAGAAGGAGAAGGACCUGCUCAGCUCCGUGAGCCCCGACGAGUCCGACUCGGUAAAGAGCGAGGACGAGGAUGGGGACAUGAAGCCGGCCAAGGGGCAGGGCAGCCAGAGCAAGGGCAGCGGGGAUGACGGGAAGGACCCGCGGAGGCCCAAGAGGCCACGGACCAUCCUCACCACGCAGCAGCGAAGAGCCUUCAAGGCCUCAUUCGAGGUCUCCUCCAAGCCCUGCCGGAAGGUCCGAGAGACGCUGGCGGCAGAGACGGGCCUCAGCGUGCGCGUGGUUCAGGUCUGGUUUCAGAACCAAAGAGCCAAGAUGAAGAAGUUGGCGCGGCGGCACCAGCAGCAGCAGGAGCAGCAGAACUCGCAGCGCCUGGGUCAAGAGGUCCUGUCAAGUCGCAUGGAGGGCAUGAUGGCCUCCUACACGCCGCUGGCCCCGCCACAGCAGCAGAUCGUGGCCAUGGAGCAGAGCCCCUACGGCAGCAGCGACCCCUUCCAGCAGGGCCUCACGCCGCCCCAAAUGCCAGGGAACGACUCCAUCUUCCACGACAUCGACAGCGAUACCUCCUUAACCAGCCUCAGCGACUGCUUCCUCGGCUCCUCGGACGUGGGCUCCCUGCAGGCGCGGGUGGGGAACCCCAUUGACCGGCUCUACUCCAUGCAGAGUUCCUACUUCGCCUCCUGAGAGCAGCAGCCGGGCGCACGGACGCUUGGGCGAGGGUCCUGGGGUGGGACUGCGGCGCACAGCACAGCCAGCCUCGGCGCCCCGGCCCUGCCGCCCGUACGGACUCUGCAGACAGCCAUACGGUGCCCUCCCCUGGGCCGGCCGGGCCUGGCCACGGCGCCCGCUCGGCACCGCCAGACAGGCAGACGGGCGCAGCCUGGGCAGGGGCUGUGUCCUGCCCACGAGACCACGUCACUCCCGGGGACCCAGAGCUCGCGGAUGCCACUUGCCCCCCAGCCCCACCUCAGCCUCCAUCGCCUCCUCUCCCUCCCCAUCUCUUUUUUGGGAAGCUUAAAUUCUCUCUAUUUUUUUAAGUGUCCUCUCUGUGUCCAGCCAACCUCCACGGCCUGGGCCUGGGCCGGCAGGGGCCCUGGGUGCCUCAGGAUGACGAUGUUGUGGGCGGUUACCUGUAGGGAGCCCUGCCUCCCACCGCGGGCAGACCUGCUGCCUAGUGUCACCCCUCCCCGCCCGAGCCUGGAGCAGAAGUGGGGAAGAGCCUGUGGGGCGCCAGGCCCACCGAGUCACGGGGGUCGGGGGUAGAUUGAGCCCAGGCAGACUCCAAGGGACCAAGACACACAUUCCAGUGCACACAUACACUUAAAGGCACACCCACGCAGACCCGCACAGAGAUCUGUAGAGACGCUGCAAGAGACAGCGAGGCCUCUGUGGAGCAGCCCAGGAAAGGGGACGAGGCCAGGUCGGGGCCGGGACCCCUCUUCUUAGAACAAUAGGGGAGCAAGGGGGAGGGGAGGAGGAAAGGGAGAGGAUGGGGCAGGCUUGAAGCACGUGGAUCCAGAUGUGUCCGAGCCCAGAUGGGGCUGCUGGGCAGGCAGGAUGGCCCAGCCCCAGCCAGCUCCAAGGGAGAGACGGAGCCCGCAAACCAGGUAGAGUCAGGCCAAAUGGCAGAACCCCAGGUGGAAAGGGACCUCAAAAGUCACUCACUGGGCAUUCCACCUGAAGCCUGGCUCCUGCCCAAGCCACCUCUGCCUCUCCUCACGUACCUCCAGUGACAAGGAGCUCACUACUUCACUCCAGUCAGCUGCCCUUUUCUGCUGGUUUCACCUCUGCCUUUUUCAACUGAGUCCUCCCUUCUCCAAGGCAGGCUUUUCCAGCUCCUCCAGCCCUUCCUUUUAAAGCUGUACCCCCAACUGAGCUCCAGCUUUCCCUCUAAAGGUGUGGAGCAGAUAUAACCCAGUCUUCCCACUGACAUCAGCCAGCCAAAGUGAGCAGGCCCAUCCCCUCCCCUGCUUUAGGCGCUCUGCCUCUGUUAAUGUGGCCCAAGAUCCAAUGACUUUGGAAACUCACCCUGCCCUUCUGUAACGAAAUUCCCUGACCUUAACACACAUGUCGGCUAAGCCACAUCUCUCUUCUCUGUGUGUAUGGUAGGGAAGAGGGUAUUUAUUGUUUAGACCCCGUAAAGGACCUUGCGUUUUUUUCUUGUUACGUUUCCUCUUGUUUGAUUCAGUCCAGCUCGUGGAGUUUCUCUGCACCCCAGCUCCGUGACCACUGUUUUGCUCUCCCUCCUGAGCACAUCUGCCCAGUGAGGAGUCGGCCCUGUGCAUCUCACCCCGGGAGCGUGGACCCCUGGGGCCUCUUCCUGUUUGGCGUUGCCCCGUUAACCAGUCCUACUUGGAUGGUGGGUUCCCACCGCACUUUCACCCCAUCUUGCCGAGUGCCCGCUGGAAGGCAGAUACGCUCCAUCACCCCUGCCCCUAAUCUACUCCCUGUCAAAAGAGGAAGCGAGGUCAGGCUGAUAGGCCCUGUUCUCAGCGACCCCUCCCUGGCCCCUGGUGGUCACUGUGUCCUCAGCCAGGUGCUCACAGCCCUGCCUUUAAUUCUAACCCGAGCCCUUGGCCACCACGCUGAGGUCUGCCUGGUCCAGCCUUGGAGUGAGUAGGACAAUGGGUGUCUCUCCCUGCCUUUGGGCGCAUCUGCCUGGCCCUCCCUGGGGUCCUCAGAGUUCGCCAACCUGCUCUGUGGUUUUGCUCCUCUGUCCACUGGGGGGACCUCAGCCCCUCCAGAGCGUCCUGGGCCAGUCUCCCCGGCCCUCCUGGGCUUCUGCACUCAUGCCUCGCCCUGCUCUUCACCAAGGCAGGACAGUUGGGGGCAUGCGGCUCAGCGCCCGCCCUGGGCCCGAGCAGCCAGCCUCCCCCUCCUGGGCUCUUCCUCCACAUGGAGUUCCCACAGGAGCUCAGCUGAUGUCCUUGGUCCUUCUGCAGCCUCGGUCCUCCGGGCUUUGUGCCUCUUGGUCCUGGACCCUUAGGCAGCCAUGCUAGUUUCUUGAGAGACGCUUCCCUUCCUCCUCUGUGGUCACACAGUCACACGAGUCCAGGGGUAGACGCCCCCACCCCCAGGAGGCCUGGCCCUUCUCCCCCAGGCUCUUGAAGUUGGAAGGAACCUCAGGAAUGGGUCAUCUGGUCCACUGCAUUAUUUUGCAGCUGGGAAACUUUGGCCAGGAGAAGGGAGGGGACCAGACCUCUCACAGCCAGUCGGUGACAGAGGAGAACAGGGACGCCAGGCCAGCCCCUCCGCCCCGCCUCUGGGGAGUCGCCUCCAGGAGAGGGGUGUGCCUCUUCCCACUCUGGGGCCUCACAGCCUUGAGUCUGGCUCAGGCUCUGCCCCCACCAGGAGCUGGUACAGGGACCCUGCACUCAGGACCCACAGACUGUCAGAGCCAGAGGGACCUCCGAGCCCCUCGUGCCAGAGACGGCCCGUCCGCCGUGGUUGGGUGACUCCUGCCCUGUGUGCUGCAGCUCACUGCCCCCAGGCUCCCUCAGGCUCCCCCAGACGCGGGUGUCCACUCUUCCCGGCCCUGGCCCGGGCGUGGGGACACAGAUGAACGAGAGGUAGGGCCCGCCCUUGAGGGACCAUCUCCUAGGAGAGGCAUGCAGACUCCGAGCCAGCCCUGUCCAGACGUUGCUGGAGACCCACUUCUCAGGGGAGGAACCUGACUCAGAGAAGGGAGGCAAGUGUUUAAGGUUGCCCAGCAGGAGCGCACAGAGCCAGGCAGCCUUGUGGGGGUUGGGGGUGAGCUGAGCUGAGCAGGCUGUUCCCACUUCACGUGGAAGAAGUGCAGCCUCGGCUGGGGGCGGGGGCAGCGAGUAGCCAGGACCACCCCCAACACCCACUGUGAUGUGGGACCACCGGGGUGGGGAGCCCAAGGGAAGAGGAGGUAAUGGUCUGGUCUCCGGAGAAAGAGGUCGAAAGUGAGAGGUGGGCAGGGCGAGUGUCGGAGAAAAGCUGAGUUCCGCUUCCCUGACGGGUAAGUCGAGGCUGGGAGAGAGGAAGGAAUCUGCCCCCAGUAACACAGCGAGUGGAAGCAGAAGAAGAACAAGAAGGCGGGCUCCUGCCCCUAGCGAGAGCCUCAUCUGCCUGCUCCACGGGGCCUCCGAGGGAGGCCGCACAGACAGGGGGACACUGUGGUUCCAAGGGUCAGACAGCGGGGCCAGCAGAGCCUGUAAGAGAAGGGUCGGUGCACCCCCUUCCACCUUGGAAGGCUUCCUGGAGGAGGUGGGGGGCCCACUGCAUCCAGGUGAGCAGGGCCCAGCAGGGUCAGGCCCCCAUCACGAGGUCGGGGGCAGCCUCUUCUCCUUUAGGGGGCUCAGCUGCCCGCUAGCUGGGAGGCUGCCUCACUCGCCCCCGGUGAGCCCUGCCCGGCCCCAGCCCGAGCUCUGGGCACCACAUGGGGUGAGCAUCACCCCUCCUUUCUGGGGGAACCUGCAGCUCUGGGGCUCACGCUGCCCUGUGGGGAAGAGGGUCCACGCUCACGCACGCACACAGGCACACACUCACACCUGGACGCACACGGAGGCUUGCACACCCACACUCCCGGGCACCCGCGGCCCGGGGCCGGGGGAGCAGGAAGGACCCUCCCACAUUUGGCCCUCGGAAGGUGCCAUUUCCAAUGAGCCUCUUUGCUGGUGCCCCCACCCCCACCGGGGGUCCUGCGGGAGCCCAGCUCAGCCAGGUGUGGGGACCGGGCCACCAGCCAUUCUUUUUUCCUUGUACAGACUCUCACUGCCCACCCACCAUCCCCAGACACAUUUUAUUUAAUAACUUGUCAUUGUUAAAUUAUUUAUUAGCAUUUACCACAUCACCACCCCCACCCUGCCCUCCACUCUCACCUUCUGCCUCUUCCCACAAAGCAGAAAAUGGAAACAACAACAAAAAAAGAUGAGACGUCAGUAUAUUUGUAAAUAAACCAACCUGUA